AUGAGUACUUGCGGAAUACCGAGUACCCCUGUGGAGCUUCGCAGCUAUAUCCUGCGUCAAUUGCCCAUGAUUGAGGACGUUUUGUCCGCCAUUCAAAGCAGUAGAUCAUUAUACGAGGCACUUCAAGAAGACAACACCAUCGUUGCCUACGUGUUACACAAGCAAAUCGAUUCUAAACUCCUGCCGUAUGCGGCAGCCUUUCUUGAGCUCGAUAGAGCCCCUCGCAUUAAACUUCAUCACAAGGAUGUUUCCUUGAUCCUUGAGAGAUGUUUCUCUGGCACAACUUCUCAAGCUAGUGAGCAGCUAGCACGAAUAGCCCUCCGUGAGGCUCUGCAUGUCACGGAUCUUCACAAGGCGAUUCAAAAGUUCACUACGAAAUAUUCAGCGCAGGCUUUGUCCCAUCUUCAGGACGAGAAGCCUCUCAAAAGCUCGAUGCGCUCAUUCAGUCAUUCGGAGAUAUAUCGCAUAGAGCGUAGCUUCUAUACUUAUGAAGUUUAUUGCUCUCUAUUUGGACAAUCUCGGUCUCGGUUGUCGCUCAAUGAUCAGCUCGAUGUAUUUUUCAAACAAUUUACGCCUUGGGAAAACGAGCAGCUUGCCUGUGUUCUUGAAUUUCUUCUUGAAGAAUUGAAGCUCGCCUUCAAUGAAGUGGCCGCUCAUGACAUCAACUUUGGUGAACUUUCCAUUCCUUGGGUUGGGGAUGAAAGCUCAUGGAUACAGGGUUACCUCUCACUAGGUGUCAAAUACCUCGAAAAAGUGACAACAGCUUCCACCUAUGAAGAGCGACACCGUUUACUGGAUGAAAAGCUCUCACUCGCUAAUACUCAGCCGGCUCUGGCAGACUGUUUGAUUGAAUUGAAUGAUUUGUAUCUUGGAGGGACAGAUGAACUCGACGAUCACGCUAUGCAUCAAUUGCGUCAAUUACCAAGCCAAUAUGCCGCGUGCGACCCUGACACCGGUCCAGCAGAAAUAUGGUUUCAGGCCCAUGAGGGAGAUCAUAGCACCCAGUACGUAUUAGCUGAGCCUUAUCGGGCCAGCCGGAAGGUUGGGUACGUGAUGAUGAAUCUUUCGCGUAAACAGGAUAUGACUAGCUUUGACGGUUCUCAGAAGUCUAUUGAGUGGUAA